AUGGAAGAAGAUACCAUAAAUAAAAAAAAUAUUUAUAAUUUAAAUAAUUUAAAUAAUUUAACUGAAAAUAAUAAUAAUAAUAAUAAUAAUAAUAAAGUAUCUUAUAAUGUAUCAGAUUUAUUAAAAAAAAUUUCUUCAUUAAUAGAUACUUGUGAUUAUCAAUUAGCUUUACAAUUCUCUAAAAAAGCUUUAAGUUUAGAAAAUGAUAAUUUAAAAGUUUUGGAAAUUUUAGGUAUGAUUGAAAUUGAAUUGGAAAUUUUCGAAGUUGAUGCGGAACAAAAAUGUGAAGAAUAUUUAAAUAAAGCUUUAGAAUUAGAUCUUUUAAAUCCUGAAGUUUAUCAAUUAUUAGCUUCUGUUAGAUUAUCUCAACAAAGAAAUGAUGAUGCUAAAAUUGCUUUAGAAAAGAGUCUUGAUCUAUGGAUAAAUUUAGAUCCAGGGCAUUCUUCAAUACCUUCAUAUGAAUCACGUAUUUCCCUUGUAAAAUUAUUAAUUGAACUUUCUCAAUAUACGAAAGCUUUAAAUGUACUCGAAAUUUUACAAAAAGAAAAUGAUGAAGUAUUUGAUUUAUGGUAUUUAUAUGGUUUGUGUUAUUUUCUUAUGGGUCAAGAUUCUCAAAAUGAACAAGAUCGUUUAACACAUUGGGAAGAUGCUCGUGAUUGUUUAAUCAAUUAUGAAAAGGUAAUAUUUUAUUUUUUAAAUAAAUUCUUUUAA